UGUUAUUUAUCACUUUUUUGGGGCGAUUUCCCUUUUGUUUCUGCAAAAAAUUUCCAAAAUUCGACGUUAAAUGAGCGAUUCCAAGUCAAUUAGUGCUCAGCGUGAAAGUGGCGAUGGCGCCCCGUGUCCCGAAGCUGCCAAAUCUCUCGCAACUGCCAAAGUUCCUGCUAAUUUAGCGACUUCUGAUGACGUCACAGUCCGUAAUCCGACAAAAUUUGACGUCAAAACCUCCCAAAAGCUCCAACGCAUCACACAGGAAAUCCAAAAUACGUGGCUUCGACGACAUUUGAACAAGCCUCGACCCGCUUCUCGUCUCCUGGAUUUAGAAGAGCAACGAAAACAGAUCAUUUUGCCUGCAGUUUUGCCCAAAGGGAGACUAAUUCAGCUCAUUCCGUUGGUGAAACAGCCAAAAGAUCCGCGGAAAAGUGUUUCCCGUAACCAGAAGGAAUUGAAAUUUGUACCAUACGAGCCUUACAAAGCUUGUGUGACACCCAUGUGCAAACGAAGUCCCCGAAAAAGCCCCAUGGAAAAAGGUCACAAACGCGGAAAAAGCACAAAUGUCGACCUAAAUGUGCUUGUAUCGCAAGUUUCUUCCGUCAAAUCGAGCGAAAUCCGCGAAAAACCAUCGGAAAAUUCACAAAAAGCCUUUUACGAGGCACAAAUCGAGGCUUUGCGCAAGGAAAAAUCUGAAAUUGAGAAGAAAUUAAAGUUCCAAGCUCAAGUUAACAGUGAAUUAAAAAGCUUACUCGUGAAUUCCAUGAGUCAAGACGAGUCGGUAGUGAGUGAUAGGAUAUCUUCCGUGACCGAAGGUGUUCAUUUGAAAGAAGCCCUGAAGCUCAUCACAUCCGCCGAAGACUAUUCCGGUCAAAUUGAGGUAUGGCGAAGUCGAUUUUUAGCCUCCGGAGUCAUGAUCGAAGAAUUAGCUCGCUGGAAAACGUCUCUUUUGCAACGAAAUCAACUUUUGAUCCAAUCCAACAAGAAACUCCUCGAAACGGUGGGUCGUUGUCGUGACAUGCAAGUCGAAAUUUUAUCGAAUUUGGCAUUUCUCGAGGGUACCAGCACGAAACUCGACUUGGAAAGUGCUAAUAUUCUCGAUCUUUCAAAGGAAAACUUGUCGCUGAGUCAACAUUUGGCCUUGAAAAGUACCGCAAAAGGCGGUUUGCCCAACGAAAUUGACUUUGCAGGCUUGGAAACGUUGACUGAAGGUGAAAAAUUAGGAAUUCAAGCGUUGGAAACGACCAAAGAACCACUGAUAUCGACUGACGAACUCCUGAAAACGAUUUUGGGACAGAAUUUCAUGCUGAUGCAGCAACAAAAAAAGGCUCAAGAUGAAAAUUUAGUAGAUCCAGGUCCAGGCAUGCCUAAAAUUGUCUAAAAAAAAUGUAAUUCUUAUGAUAUUCCAAGAGCAAUAAAUAUUUUAUA